AUGGAUUCUCCUGAGAGCUCAGAUUCUAUCGAAAUUGAUGAAAUUGAUGAUAAUUGUAACUAUGUCGAUAACGACGAAAGUGAUUCAUCACAAAGUUCAAAUCUGACAUUGGAAAUUGAUGAUACCUUGCUUGGUUCUUUUUGUUAUAUAAAAGGAAGACGGUAUCAAAGAAGUGAAUAUUUUACUUAUUUUUUCCCCAAUGAUGAUGAAGAAGGUAAUGUAAAUUUAAGUAAUUUUUCUUCACCAAUGCAUGAAAAAUUAAUGAAUGGAAAUGCCAAAGUCUUGGACUUGGGAUGCGGUACAGGAAGGUGGUUGCUUGACAUGGCCGAAGAUUAUCCGGAUUCAACCUUUGUAGGGGUAGAUAUUUCGCCAUUUUUUCCUGACUCAAAUGAAACACCACCAAAUGUAGGAUUUUUACAAUGUAACGUGAAUGAUGGUUUACCUUUUCCCGACUCAACUUUUGACUUUGUUUGUCAAAGAAACAUGAUAACCUCUGUUACAAUAAACGAAUGGGAGAAUUUUGUUAAAGAAAUGAUUAGAGUGGUAAAGCCUGGUGGUUAUAUCGAGAUGUUUGAAAUGGAACUAAUUAAUGAAAAUUCUAGUCCUGAAUUUAAAUGUAUCGAGGAUUUAAUCGAACUCGGACUUGAAUCCACAGGAAUUGUUCCACAUCUUCAAAGAUCAAUUCCGUCAAUUCUCGAAUCAAUACCUAAUUUAAAAGAUAUUCGUAACGAAACAAUAUCAAUACCCGUUGCUUGGGGAAUUACUGAUGAAGAAUAUAACAAAAUUGGUGAUCGUUGUUCAAAAGAGUUGAAAUUGAAUCACGGACGCUAUGCAAUGUCUUGCAGAUGGUAUGGAAGGAAGGCAUAA